AUGCCUCCAGCAGCGAGUCAGAAGGGCACCGGCAAGAAGGCUGGGCCCAACGCCAUGCGACAGCGCAGCCGCAACACCACCCCGAGUUCUGUCGUUCCGUCCGCCAGCCUGCCCCCCAUUGAAGCUGUCGACACCGAGUAUCUCGAGCUACGCGUCGAACAGUUCCGCAACCUCAACUAUGACGACCUUGUGGAUCAGGGCGCGUCCAACGCCGUCAUGCCUGACUCCAAGAGCCUUGACGGCAUGAUCGCCCGCCUCCAACGCCUUCAAGAAACCAUCGAUAGGCGGAGCAACUUCUGCGAUAGGGGCAUGCGCAUACUAGCUAACACGCGCAAGCAAUAUGUCAACGACGUCGACGAAGCCGCCAAUGAAGGUGGAAAGACCGAGGGCGAUUCCAAGAAGACCGGCAAGACCAACAAGAAGAAGAGAAAGGCCGCAGACACCCUGGCACCCCAGGAUGCGGGAGUUGAGCGGUCAUCCCCGCUUAGGGAAUCCACUAAACCGCGAAAGCUUUCGCGCGACAACGAUUCGGCCAGUUCUUCCUUGUCACCCGUCGCACCCGCCACGCCCUCAGCAAUGGAAGUCGACGAAAAGACCAAAACAGAAGAAAAUGAAGAGGAGGAGAGUUCAGAAGACGAAGGCGCGCCGCCCAAAAAGGCGCAACCCGCUGCCCACACUUUCGGCGAUGAUCCCUCGACCUUCCCCGACCCGACCGUUUACGAGAUCCGCCCGACGCAUCCUGGCAUGUCCGAUGAUGAGUUGAAGGAGAUUUACUCUGUCGCCGUAUUUCCCAGAAGCGAUCUGGCCGACCUCAUCGCAGGAGAUCCGCCCGACAAGGAUUUCAGUAGUGCCAAGCCGAGCAACCAGAUCAGCUUUUCAACCUUUUCGACGUACAUGGAACCAUACUUCCGACCCUUCGCCGAAGAAGAUCUGGCUUUUCUCAGAGAGCGUGGCGACCGCGUGACGCCUUUUCACAUGCCCAAGAGAGGCAAGAAACACUACACAGAAAUUUGGGCCGAGGAAGAUGGCGCCAUGGCUCUCGACAACCCCCAAAAUUCGCGCGAAAAGCUGGCGCCCAAUCAGCCUCGCGGUGCAAUUGACAACAUGGACGAUGAGGUGGCGGAAACGGAUAAGCUCUCUGUCGGCCCCUUGCUGUCGCGAUUGAUGCAGGCCAUGCGACCUGAAAAUAGGCCACAGGCGGACGAAGAAAAGUCAGGUGCGAAUGGUGUCACCAAUGGCGAUACCACCAUGAAUGGCAGUGUGAACGGCGACAACGCAGACGCGCAGCAGAGUUUCGGCGACGACAAGACAACGCCCGUUCCACCGGCAGCCUUUAUGCCGGAAUCGAACUCGGAGGCAUGGAAGAAGGCCUCGCACCCCAAGCUGGAGUACUCGCAGGUCGACGAACGGAUCAAGCAGGAACUGAGACAUAUUGGUUUCUUACCCCAGGAGGGAAACUUCGAAAGCGAAUACGACGGCGCGUUCGAUGAUGAGGUAGCAGCACGGUUACGAUCGUUGCAAGGUCGCCUACGGGAGCAGAUGCUCAUCAAUGGCGCACGUAAAGCUCGACUCACGGAGCUUGUUAAGGAGCGUAUGGCCCAUCAAGAGUAUCAGACAAUUCUGGAGGAUCUCGAUUCGCAGGUGCAGGCCGCCUACCUCAAGAGGACACGCACGAUGGGCAAGAGCAAAAAGAACAAGCGUCCAGGUGGAGCGGGAGGCGGCAGUCAUGCAGUCGGUGGCGCGGCUGGUAUGGCCAGACCAGGUAUCGGCGACAUGACCAAGACGCUGAUGGAGCGGCGCAAGCGGUGGAUCGAUACGAUCGGCUCUGUUUUCGACGACGAGAACUUGGGCAAGGUUCCUCGCAGCUCGGAGCCCGAUUCUUCCAUCUUCAAGUCCAACUUCAUGGGUGAUCUGAUGAAGAAGGAGAAGCAACAGUGGGAUGAGGAGGUGGAGGAAGAAUGA